AUGACAACUUCUUCUUCUUCUUCGUCGUCAACGAAUGAUCGACAUGACAUUCUUAAGGCGUACCCUAGAUUCUGGGCAAGCCUUGGAGUGAUGCAAACCCUGCUUUCAGCUGGGAUUGUCUUCGGCUGGGCAAGUUUGUUGCCAAUUUUGCGAAACGAAGGAGUUGAUAAUACUCCGCAGCAAUUUUCAAAGAUCUUUACCUGCGGUGCCAUUGGAAAUUACCUUUCCACUUUGCUAUUUGGAGUGACAUUGGAUCGCUUCGGUCCCAGAGUUACUGCCAUUAUGGCAAGCCUGUUGUUCGCUGUGGGUUUGAUCUUGUGUAUUUUCCAGGACUCCUUCUAUUGCCUUUCGGUUGGAUUUGGACUGCUAGGCUUUGCUGGCCCUGGUAUUCAAAUGCCAACGCUGCACUUUGCGAAUCUGUUUUCAUCGGCUGGUGGUGCCUUUUACAUGUCGAGUCAGGCGGCGGCAUUUGAUGGUGGAACCUUGGUGUUUGCUGUGGUUCGAUACUUUCACAUAUCCAUGAGCUUGACAACUGCUGACUUCUUUCGUGUCUUCCUAAUCGUUCCAGGAUCGGUCCUCCUGACGGCAAUAUUCGUAUGGCCAGAUGUAGCGUUGGACAAUCCAGAGACUGUCGAACAAGAAUUGGAUGCCAAACUUGAGUCUCCAUAUUUGGGACCCGCCUCUUCGCCGUACCUGUCUCCUCGGGUCAAACCCAUGAUCAAGAAGAAGAAGAAGGCAAAUGCAAAUGCAAAUGCAAAUGCCCAGAGUACAACAGAGGGCGGUGAUAAUGCUGAGCAAAGCCUGAUCAAUGCCCCACUCGAAGUGGUGUUUCGCCACCAAUCCUUUUGGACUCUUGCCAUUUGGGUGAGCGUCCACAUUUUGAAAUUGAAUUUUGUGGUUGCGACACUUAAUGAUCAAUUGUACAAUACGGUGGACUCGGAUACAAAAGAUAGGAUGAUUGAUCUAUUUGGAGCCAUGCUGCCAUUUGGUUUUAUCGCACUCCCUUUGGUAGCAUGGCUAUUGAACAAGUCACCGAUAUGGGUCAUUCAGAUUGCCAAUGUGGUCGGCGUUGCCUAUGGUGCCAUUCUUGUGUGGUAUCCUUCCUCAACUUGGCUUUUGUCGUUUGUCGUCUUUCCAGCAGUUGCCACCUCGCGACAGAUGGUAUAUUCGACAGUAUUCCAUCAGAUUGGGGCCGUUUUCGGCUUUGCCAAUUAUGGAGUACUUCUGGGAUCGACCAACAUUUUGGUCUCUCUAAUCUCGGCCAUCCAAACCCCCCUCGUGUCCUUGAGUGAAGAUUUGGGUGACUAUACUACUGCGAAUUAUGUAUUGCUCUUGUUGACCGUGCCAUUAUUCUUUGUGGGGCUUGUGCAAUUUCCAGGCUCCAAGAAGAAAAAGUCGACGACACGAUCCGACAGCAAAACUUCAGAGGAAGAGGCAACUCUACUUGGUGGAGACCGUUCUGGAAUGCCUAGGAAUUACAGUACAACUUCUACUGGGGCCUAA